AUGCCCCUCCGAGCUCUUUCAGUUAUUCUCUUGCUGAAGCCCUGCUGCACCACUCCUGCUUUCAAAAGUUGCAGAAAGAAGAAAAAGAGCAAGAAAAGCGUUCAGAAGUCUUUAUAUGGGGAAAGAGACAUUGCUUCUAAGAAGCCUCUCCUGAGUCCCAUUCUCGAGUUGCCCGAGGCCUCCGAGGUGGCACCUUCCGUUCCAGGCAUGUGGAGGGUGUGUUCAGAUAUUUUCAACCUAACUGGUGAACUUGAAGAAGUGAAGCAUCCUAAAAGAGAGAAUCUUUUGCCUGUGAACCCAGAUUUGCAGAUGAAUCAAGGCUUUAAUAAACACAAUACAUCUGAAUGCUACAGCUCUCACACAGAAAGUUCCUCAUCUCUUAUAAAUGCUAUUUUUGAUCAAGAUUCAAAUACAAAUACUGUAGAAAUUACUGAAAAUAAGAAUAUUCCAAAAGCAGACAUUAAGUUGGAAAAUGAAAAUGAACGAAAAAACAGAACCAAGAAUGAAAACAGUAAGAUUCCUUGGGCUUCUGUGACUGAAAAGCCCCUUGUUUCAGACAAUCCAGACCCUAAUAUUAGCCUGCAGUCCCCAAAAUUGUCUGCUGCUGGUCAAAAUAUAGAAAACCUUUUUCAAAUCCAUAAAAUUCCAACAGAUAUAAAGUGUGAAAAGCAGGAUGAUUGCUUGGUAGGCACAGAGGGAAAACUGCAGGCCCAGCAUUUACUGUCUGACACUCGAAAAGAACGUGGCUGUUCAGAAGAUGUCUUAAUCAACAGUGUAAAGGAAGGUAAAAGUCCAAGGGAGGCUUUGGGAAGAAACUGUGCCGAAAGUACUAGCGGCAUGAGUUGUAGAGAAAGGAAAUGUAAAAGCUGCUCUUUGUGUUACUGUCCUGGCCAAAGUUUGCAGUUGGAAAAGAAUGGAAGUCGUGAGCCUUCCUCUUGCACGAGCACCUCUGUAAAAUUUAGCUUAGAAAAUUCUGAACUGUAUAAAGAUUUAUCUGACAGCAUAGAGCAGAGCUUUCAGAGAACAAAUAGUGAAACCAAAGUGAGACGUAGCACAAGGCUGCGUGAAGACUUGGAAGAGGAAGGGCUCGUGUGGGUCUCGCUCCCAUUGCCUCCCGCUCGCUGGGCUUCCCAGAGAACCAAAAGGAGAACACUGUGUGCGCUGGACAGCAGAGGGUUUGAAAGUGUGUCUCCCCAGAAACCAGGUGUGCCGCCCGCCGUCCCGGGUAAACGCGACCGUGGGGGCCUUCCUUCCCACCCGCGCCGGCACAGGAGGAAGAGCUUUUGUACAUCUACGCUUGCAAUACAAAAACCCCUCCUCAGUCAAAAUGCUGCAAAAGAAACUCUCGACCAGGAGAGAGCGAGCUCUCUGACUGACUUUGAAAGAAGUGGACAAAGAAUUGGACGGUCAGAGACCCCAACCUGUAACUGAGUUGCCGGCUGAUCGCUCAGCAAGAAAGGCAGCCACCCUCGCUGAACAGGCCGUCUUUCCUUCCCGUCCUUUGUUCAACUUCAGUAUUUUUGAAAGUUUCAAAUAAAGUCAUUUUAGUGGAACCUAUUUUUUAAGUAGAAUUAAGUGAAUUUCUCCCUUCAAAAAGAAAACAUUCUAUUGAAUAUAUUCUUCUCCCUGUGAAUGAUACCGUUAGUAUUUUGCUAAGAAGGAUUUUUAGACCUAGCAAUAGGUCUCUUAAGCUUCAUGUCACAUUAGUAUAUAUUUACAACUGAAAGUUUUACAGUAUCCGUUUAAAAAAAAAGUCUUUCAGAGAUGAUUCAGAGAAGAGUUUUAAAAAAUUGAUAGAAUUAAUGUAACUUUAUGAAGAUUGAAGGUAGUGCAAGGUUGAAACUUAAAGAGGGACAAGAGAUUUUAUUUUGAAAUGCAAAAAAACGGAAAGUUUCAACAAUUAGAAAAGGUAGAAAUUAUAAGGCUUGUUUUCCCUCUGGGUUAAGUUAAUGACUUUAUCUCAA